UAUUGUUACUUUUCAAUAACUGUUUUAAAUAGUUAAAUUAUGAUGUUACAAAGUUGACAGUAAGCAAAUCAAAAUGAGUGCUCCGAGAGUGAAACGAAAUUCAGAGCUCAUCAGAAUUUCCGACUUCCGUAGAGAGCUUUCGUUCAGAGAAAAAAAGGUGGCAGAAAUCAAAAGAGAAAAAAUGAAGAUUCUUGCAGACAUAAAACCAGUUCCAAAGUAUAUGAUAACGGUCGACAUGUCGCAUGCUCGGGGAAAUCUGGAUGCAGUCCGAAUGUGCUUGAGAGAAUUAGAAUGGAAAGAGUUCCCGUUUGGUCGGAAAGAGCAGCAUUGUGAUAUCCAUUGGCAGAGCACGAGCUUUGAACAAAACCCUGACCUGUAUGGAGGCCUGGUGAACAAGUUUCCAGGAAUGUUCUGGAUAUGCGGCAAGAACAAUUUGUUCCGGGUGCUCGAUCAGAUGCGGCUGCUGUACCCAGAGGAGUACGACUUUUACCCACGCACAUGGUACCUCCCUGACGAAUUCCACCAACUGGCGCACGAUAUUAAGAAGAUCAACGACAAGCGCAAAGGCCCAAAAGCCACGUUUAUCAUAAAACCGGAUUCAGGAUCACAAGGGGAGGGUAUUUACUUGAUACGGGAUGUCACAGACUUCAUAACAGACAAGUUUAAUCCAGGGCGAAUGCAUGUAUGUCAGGAGUAUUUAGCAGAUGUGUUCUUAAUAGAUAAAUUUAAAUUUGAUCUCAGAGUUUACACUGUGUUGAAAUCUGCCGAUCCCCUCGAGUUUUAUAUAUGCAAGGAGGGUCUAGCUAGGUUUUCUACUUUGCCAUACGAAAACCCCACAAAUAAAAACAUCCAUGAGGCUUUCAUGCAUUUGACUAACUACUCAUUAAAUAAGAAAAGUGCUACAUUUAAUCGUUCCGAGCGUGAAGAUGAGGGGAGUAAGAGGACGUUAACCAGCGUGUUCAAUCGGUUAAAACGUAUGGGGCAUAACACUGAUAAGUUAUGGAAAAAGAUUGAACAUAUGGUGGUGAAAACGAUGAUAGCCAUUCUGCCAGACUUGAAAAUUGAGCUCCAAAAUGCACUGCCAGCAAACAAGCCAGGACCAUCGUGUUUCCAGAUCCUAGGCUUUGAUAUCCUCCUGAUGUAUGACCUGUCACCGAUGCUGCUGGAGAUCAACAGCAGCCCUAGCCUGCGCAUUGACGGCGAGAUUGAGGUCGCGCCCGGGGUGCCAGAGUCCAUCCCGAGCCCAAAGGACGAAGAGGUGAAGAUUCCACUGAUACGGGACACGCUUUUGUUGGUCGCGCCACGGAAGAAAGUGAAAUACUUGGAAAGGCAAAAGAGACGAAGGCGACGCCAUGAACAAAAGCGUCAAAAGCACGAAGAAGAGACCAAAAUUCACGCACAAGAGGAAGAAAAACAUGGCCCAGCACAAAUCGAGCGUGAUGGUGUGAUUCACGUUGAAACUCGCCACCCGCGCAGCAGCAUUGUGAUAAUUAGGUCUAGUCAAGAUGACUUGCCUAAGCGAAUGUCAAAAGAAAGUUCCUUCGUUAUUCCGGAGUCACUGAACCGUAUCGGAAGACGAUCCCAGGACAAUGAGAACGAUUUCAAUCCGAGUAUGAUUGAAAAUCUGAACUUAGAGUAUGGAGAGAGGAGAAAUUAUGAGGACCACCUGGAGAAAAUGGAGGAAGGGUUCACUGAACAUGAAAAUGAUACAGGUGUUUCCAGAAUAAAAUCAAGUCAUGAAAACAGCAAAAUGCUGAGCACUUUUGUAAGUGGAGAGGGGAACUAUGUUAGAAGUGAUGAAUCUAAAAGGGAACAGAAUACAAACAACAACAACAAUAACAGCUUUAUUCACCCCGAGAACAACUCUGAUGAGGAUAAAAUGGAUGACAGUGAACAUAGUGGUGACGAGAGUGAAUUGAACUUAGACUCAUAUGAAAGCUGCUUGAAACAACUUUAUCCAUCACCUUAUGCAGACAGAUUUGAAAAACUGCGACUUUAUGAGAAGUUAGCGGAGGUUUUCACGAUCUGUCUGGGCGUACGUGCCACACAGAGGCUCGGGCCAACAGGGUUCCGUACAUUCUCAAGAAAGUGUCGGUUGAACAAAAAAGGUCUAACGAAUGCAACUAUUGAUAUUCUCUUCAUAGAUAUGCAGAGAAAAUGGGAACAUGUGAAUCCUGAACGCACAACAGGUUUAGGCUUCCGAGGGUUUCUGGACGCGUGUCACGAAAUCGCCAAGAGAAAGUUCCAGAACGGCAGUGUGCUACAGACGAUGCAAGACUUCAUUGACUAUUGUCUGGAGAACCUAGAAGAGGAACAGAUGUUUCAGUCCCGCAGUAAUCCAAGGUUGCUACCCCGCCGAGCCCGUCCCCAUGGUUACCCCCAGUUGGGACCCAUGGUUACGCACCUUCAGAGUCCAGUUUCGGAGGAUAUGAGUGGGAUCCUGUUGGACAGUCGCAUGCAAAGCGGCAAAUACAUGAAGCCGAGUUCCACAGAGGACGUUGACCUGUUUUUGCGGCGCCAUAACAGACUUGAUGCCAUCAAGGUCAAAAGAUCAAGGUCAAGGACAAAGGAUCCUGAUGAGAGAUGAAAAUAAUAAUUGUUUCUCUGGACUAGUUUUGUUUUUAUGUGUAACCAUGGUAAUUUUAUUAAAUAAAUGUCAAAUGGUCAAAAAGGUCAAGUGGCCUUAAUGAGUGCUAAAAAUGUCCUUUUUUGCAUGGCGGUGUUAAUUUGUUAAUAUGUCACUAUGGUAAUUUUGAUUGUUUUCUGUUGGCUUGGUAAUUUUGAUGCAAUCAAGGUUCAAAAGUCAUGGACAAUAUAUGCAGACGUAGUUUGUAGUUGUUUUGCCUGUAAUUUAACAUCAAAUUAAACAAAAGUGCCAAGAAACGUCCCUUGGCAAAUCUUAACAAGACUGUUUGUUAAUUUCAGCAGACUUAAUAUAAAAUUGUAUGGAUAGAUUAGGACCAGUCUUAUCGAGUGUUGCGCAGAUUUUUGAUGCCACUGCCAAAACAUGGUGCAGAUGUCAUAUAAUUUGUUGCAUGUUUCUCUCAAUUGUUCAAUGACAUUGAAUUAUUUAUUCUAUAUUACAAUAUACUCUUAGAUUGUUAAGACAUUUGAUGUUGUUGUUUAUUCUAUUUACACCAUUUUCAAUUUUAUACUUUAUUUUACAAUUUCAGCUUUUGAUACUUGGCAAGGGUCGGGGAAUCAUAUAUUGUGUGAAGUGCUGUCUGUUGACACUUUUAUUGUUGCAUGUUCUUGUUAUCGUUAUUUAUAGGCAAGGAGUGUGUUGAUAGGCAUAAAAUGGAAGUGAAUGUUUGCUUCUCUGCAAAAAUUGCUGAAACUAUUGCCAGACUUAACUUAUGCCCCUUAAAAUAGAAUAUGGUUUGUGCAGUAAAUGAAAUGGGAAGUGCUGUAAGAAUCAUUGGGAAACAAAAGGUAACUACUGUACAAUUAUUUACAUUCCUCAGCAUGAAUUGUGACUGUGAUUUUUUUUCAAAAUUCUUAGAUUUUUAAUUUUAGAAAUAGAAAAGAGGAAUUUGGUUUGGUCAUUUUCCAAUGUGUUUGUGUAAUAUUUGAGGAUUGGCCAACCACUAAAUCAACAAAAAUUCCUAUCAGAGGAAUAAUAAUCAACAAAAAUUCCUAUCAGAGGAAUAAUAAUCAACACAAAUUCCUAUCAGAGGAAUAAUAAUGAUUAAAUAGUUAAACCCUUUACCACAUAGAUACAUAUUUUGACGCAUUUGUAGUCCUUUAAAAAUUUAAAUUUAAUUGAAGACCUUUAUUACUCUAAUUUUAAGGCUUUAUCUCCAAACCUUAGAUACUGAUGAGCAGCAAACAGCAUAAAAUCUGAACAGACUGUGAGUAAUACUCCAAGGUUGUUCUGGUUUUAUGCUGUUUGCACAUAGCCAUUUUCACUUUGCUUUUGAGUGAGAACAGGUUAAGUAGCAGGGAUUUCAAAUGAAGCAGAAUCCUGCAUUUUGAUGCAAGAAUUUUGAAAAAAAUUCACUUUUGACUCCUGCAAAAAAAACUGCCUUUCAUCUUAUGAUGCAAAUGUUACUGGAAAGCUGUAUCAAUAAUAUAUUUUAUUUCAUAAACAUGUGUUUUUUUGCAUAGUAUUUCUAUCAAAUUUAUACUAAAAAAAUAUUUUCACUGCAUUUAACAAACAUGCAGAAUGACAAUAAAUAUGGACAUCAGUAUUUUAACCCAUAAAUAUUUAAUUUGACCACUGAACAUUUAAAGGACAGCAUCAUUAAACUCUUGGUUUUCAAAAUCUCUUGAAAUCCCUGAGUAGGCAUGUAAUGUUUAUGUGGGAAUAUGGUUUCGCUUUCUUUCAAUUGUAAAAAGUUGUCUUCUGCUUAACAUUUUGCCUUAGAGUCAAGAGAAUAUCUCAAAUGUAGUUUGUCAGCUUGUGUUUUGUGUAAUCCAAUUUGUUUUAUAGAUAUCUAUGGAUUUAAAUUCCUUUUAUCACAUUCAACAACCAUUUAUUUGAAAUAAUCAUUUAACAUGGGAGGCAUUUAGAGCACUCAGAAAUGUAUGUUAUUUCAAUACGCGAGUGUUCAGUAAUGUAAUAAUGCAAACUGAGAAUACAGCUAGAACAGUUACCCCAUUUGAAGAGUAAAUCAAAGCUGAAAUACCUAUAUUUGAGUACUGGUCAGCUUUGUUGAAAUAUUCCAAUUAAUUAAGAGGAUUUGUGUCCUUACGAUAAUUUGACAAUUUGCCCGUGAUGUAACUUUUUAGUGAUCGGAUUGUCCGUACGUCUGUCCGUCUUUCCGUCACACUUUGUGUUCAGGUUUCGAAAAAUGCUCAUAACUUCUAUGUCCCUUGAGCUAUAACCUUCAUAUUUGGUAUGCAUGUGUAUAUGGAAAAGGCCUUUCCAUACGCACAAAAAUUUUGACCCCUUGACCUUGAACUUAGGGUCCGCGUUUAGGUUUCGAAAUCUGCGUUUAGGUUUCGAAAAAUGCUCAUUACUUCUAUGUCCCUUGAGCUAUAACCUCAUAUUUGGUAUGCAUGUGUAUAUGGACAAGGCCUUUCCAAACGCUAAAAAAUUUUGACCCCUGUGACCUUGACCUUGAACUUAGGGUCCACGUUUAGGUUUCGAAAUCUGCGUUUAGGAUUCGAAAAAUGCUCAUAGCUUCUAUGUCCCUUGAGCUGUAACCUUCAUAUUUGGUAUGAAUGUGUUUAUGGACAAGGCCUUUUCAUACGCACAAAAAAUUUGACCCCUGUGACCUUGACCUUGAACUUAGGGUCCGCGUUUUGGUUUCGAAAUCUGCGUUUAGGUUUCGAAAAAUGCUAAUUUCUUCUAUGUCCCUUGAGCUAUAAUCUUCAUAUUUUGUAUGCAUGUGUAAAUGGACAAGGCCUUUCCAUACCCACACAAAUUUUGACCCCUGUGACCUUGACCUUGAACUUGGGGUCCGCAUUUAGGUUUCAAAAUCUGUGUUUAGGUUUUGAAAAAUGCUCAUAACUUCUAUCAAUUUCAAGGUUUAUAGGGGGCAUAAGUCAUCCUAUGGUGACAUCUCUUGUUUUUUUGAAAUUUUAAGUUUUGAUUUUAAUUUUUUUAUAGUUAAAAAAAAUGAUCACUGUGUUAUUGUAUUAAUUAUUAUGACAAAUUUCAUGCUGCCUUGCUUUUUUGUGUGCAGCUUUACUGUUAAAUACCACAUGGUAACAGCAACUUCAUGAUAUGCUCUUUUAAGAUCAAAUAUAAUAAGUGUGUCCAUCAGUCUGUUCAUCAGUCUGUAUGUAAAACUUUCCUGUCUUAUCCAUCUUUUGAUGGAUUUUCAAGAAUCCGGCCUCAUAUGUAAGGGCAUUUAGACAAUAUUGGCUUACGGCGUAAGUCAAUCUGGACCUUUAUUCACCAACCAAUUCUUAAACUUUAGAAAAAUAUGCUCAGUAUUUGACUCUAUACAGUCUACCAUUGGUGAUUUUCCCAUAAACAAAACAAUCUUCAAGAAGAAUGAUAAAUAAUUAUAUAGAGGUGCUUAAUGCCAAGUUUGACUCAGAGUUAAAGCAGUAUUUGAAUAUUUCAAUUUAAAGAAUAUUUUUUAUUGUUAGACUUAAGUCUAAGAAUUGUUUGGUUGAAUACGGGCCCAGGUCUGCUCAAGGUGAAGAUUUACUAAAAUGUUUAAGCACCCAAGUAUCUCCUAUACCUUUAAAGGAUAUUCAGAAAACAUGGUUACAGUGGUAAGGUCCUUAAGACAAUGUGCAGAAAAAAUUAGUCAGUCAUGCCCUCUCAUCUCAAGGUCAGACUUCAAGGUCAACGCUUAAGCCUCCAUUUUCAUAUCCUGUCUAGAUCUGCUUAACCCAUUGAAUGAUUUUCAUGAAACUUGGCUACUAUAUUUAGGUAAUUGUGUCAGUCGUGCAGGCUCAAGGUCAAAGUUGUUCUUCAAGGUCAAAUGUUUUAGCCCCCUUUGUAUAUUUGCUCCAUAUCAUUUCGACCUUUAAAAGGAUUUUAUUGAAAUAUUGCUUGAAUGUUACAGUCAUCAUGACAAGAUCCUUAAGGCAUGAGUCAGUAAAGCCAUAUCAACGUCAAGGUCACUUGUUGUUUUAGAUAAUUAUCUUAUAUGCCCUUUAAAGGAUUUUGUUGACAAUGUGCAAAAGACAUUAGUCAGUCAUCGCUGCUCAAGGUCAAACAGAAAGGUUAAACUGUUGAGCCUCUAUUAUUGUGUAUGCUUUUCGUAAUCUUUGCUCAAUUUUUUUAGUUUUUGAGAUGAUGGUAAAGGUCACACUUAAAGGUGACAAUGAUUAUGUCUCAAGAUGCGUUUUGGACUGCCUUGUUUCACCUUAAUGGUUAUCAGAUAUCAUCCAAACAGGAUAAUUUAAACAUAGCUUUAAACAUGGAAAUGGCAUAACUGUUUUGCAAACAGUUUUUGUUUUACUGUGAUAUGUUUUAGGUUAUCUAAAGCUGUGAUUAAGUUUUUAUGUGUCAUGCUAUUGUGUUUUGCUCAAAUAUUUUCAUUAGUGGCAUAUUGUAUUUGUUGUUUUUUGUAUUUGUUGUUUAUUAUACUUUAGUGCUCAAUGUUAAAGUUACACUUUGUUGCGUGUGAGUUUUCAUUUAUGAAUGUUUGUCGAGCAUUCGGUGAUGAAUUUGUAUCAUGAACAUUACCUUCACACUUGCCAAGAGGAUUACCAUACUCAUAAGUGCCUCAUUAAAAGUCAUAUUUGCAUGCCAUCAUAGUUACUCUCAUUUACAGUCAUAUUAUAUAUUCAUGCUUGCACUAUAAUAGUUAUCCUAACUUAGAGUCAUUAUCAAUUGAACACAAUGGCGCUAUCAAAUAUAUACUCAUCAAUAGUCAUUUAAAAAUUUGCAUGCUUGAUUUAUCAUUUACUUCUUUAUUGGGUUUUCGUUACAAUGUCUUGUGCUUUGUUUUUUCCUUGUGCAUAGUUUUCAUUUUAACACGAGUGUCAAAUGAUUGAAGUUCAUCAUUCGAAUAUAAAUUAAGUCAAACCUGUACAAUGUUUCUUCUUAUUGGUGAACAACUGCGUGCAUUAUACGGUUUUAACCAAUUGACAUCAAGGAUAUCCAGCGCAAAUGUUUAAAAAUUAUGUUCAGACUAUUGCAACCAAACGUAUUGGGUCAUUAUAAGUUCAUUUCGAUUUAUGUGUAUGUAUUUGUUUUAGGUCAUUGAAAUACAUCAUAUUGCCCUUUUUACAAAGAGCCAUAUUCAUAUACACUGCUUUGAAAACCAUAUAGCAUUUUUUUUCUUGAAAUAAUGUUUAAAUUGUAUUGCAGCAAUAGUUAAAAAAAAAGUUUAACUGGCUUGCAAUAAGAAAUGCUUUUCUUUACCUGUGUAUAUGCAUUAAUUUAAUGGGAUGAUACUGUAGCUAUUAUAAAAAGUUCUAAAUGUGUUGUGUAUGAAUUGGGUGCACUACGAAAGGGCCAUCCUUGCGUGGGACACAGCGCCGUUGCAAGUGCAUGUGGGCGGUGAUUAGUACAACCAACACAUGAUUCACCAAUAUAUUAGGCUUGUUCUGGGAAAACUGGGCUUAAUGCAUGCGGGUAAAAUAUU